AUGUCGAGCCCUAACUCUACGAACGGCCCAGUAUACCAGGCAAUCCACGAAAAGCUUACAAAGCUGCUGCGACCGGCUUCGCUUGAUAUCACAAAUGACUCAUGGCAACAUCGGCAUCACACUGCAAUGCGAGAGAGCGGCGGAGGAAAUGGCGAGACUCAUUUCACAGUCCGGGUCGUAUCCGACUCGUUCACGGGAAAAACUACAAUGCAAAGGCAUCGAAUGAUCUACGGUGCUCUCUCGGAUGAAUUGGCCCAAGGGGUUCAUGCCUUGUCGCUCCAGACCAAAACACCCGAUGAGGUGGCCACACCGAGCACCGGAAAUUAG